AUGCGUUUCCCCGGCGACUUUGACGACGUCGCCGGCGUCCGACGCGUCACCCCCGCGAAGCCGCGCGUCGUCGUCCUCGUCCCGACGCGCGAGCUCGCCGCGCAAGUCGCGCUAUCCGCGCGGCAGCUCUGCUUCGGGACCGGCCACGUCGUCGCGUGUCUCCACGGCGGGCAGAGCGUGAAGCCGCAGCUGGAGCAGCUCGCGUUCGGGCCGUCGAUCCUCGUGUCCACGCCGGGGAGGCGCCCGUACGUCGACCUGUCUCGCGCGAAGAUUCUGAUCGUCGACGAGGCGGAUCAGAUGGUGGACCAGGGGUUCGAGCCGCAGGUCGCGGAGCUCGUGACCGACGCCGGGAUGCCGCGCGGGAGCGAGCGGCAGAACUUGAUGUUCAGCGCGACGUUCCCGCCGGGGGUGAAGCGGCUCGCGAGCGCGUUGAUCGCCGGCGACGGAUUAAGGCGCCCGUCGCCGUCGACGGUCGCGGUCGGGAGGGUCGGCAGCACCGUCGCCGGGAUCGAGCAGCGCAUCGUCCUCUGCGCGGACGCGUCGCGCGAGCGCAAGCUGGAUCUGUUGAUCGCCGUCCUGCGCGCGGUUCCGGACGCGCGGACGCUCGUGUUUUGUUCGAGCAAGGGUACGUGCGCCGGCUUCUUGUUCGCCGCGGAGGAGCUCCACGGCGACUGCUCGCAGGGCGCGCGGUCGCGCGCGCUCGACGCGUUCGCCUCCGGCGCCGCGCGCGUCCUCGUCGCCACCGACGUCGCCUCGCGCGGUUUAGACCUCCCCGCCGUCGCGCACGUGAUCAACUUCGACCUCCCCACGGACGGACGCGAUUUCGACGCGUACGUGCACAGGAUCGGGCGCACGGGACGCGCGGGGCGCGACGGGAUCGCGACGUCGUUUUACGUCCCCGGGUUCGGCCACGACGGGAACGGCCCGGUGUACGUGGCGUUGCGGGAGCUCAUGGCGGAGACGGACCAGAGCGCGCCGGAGUGGUUUCAGUCGUGCGCGGACGCGGCGGGGCCGCCGCCGGGAGGGCGGGGGUACAUGCGCGUGGGAAGAGGGAGGGGAAGAGGGGCGGGAGGAGGCGGGCGCGGGCGAGGACGCGGAUACUGA